UCAGGCGUGUGGCUGAUUCCAGCUAAUGACGACACAAAAGGGGAGGAGCCUGAGCCCAGCGGGGAUAAACAAACUUUCCGAGCGACUCGCUUCUCCGGUAGAUGAUGCUCAGCGGAUGGCUGUCUGGCCUCAUCGUUGGAGGAUUUACCGGAACUUUCUGCAACUUAUCAGAAGGUAUUCGCUUUGACCGGAAAGUCAUACGAAUUCUGAACCGGGGGGAGGAAGACUCCAUCCCGCCCACCAGAUCCUGUACAAGUGACCCCGCCUGACCCGACCCCCUCCGCGGCCAAACCCGCUGAGCUCUCCGGUCUGACAUGAGCAAGGAGAAGCAGGGCAGGCCGGUUCCGGAGGGCCCGGCUCCGGCUCCACAGCGGUCCCCCCGGAUGCCCAAGUGCUCCCGCUGCCGGAACCACGGCUUCGUGUCUCCGCUGAAAGGCCACAAGCGCUUCUGCCGCUGGAAGGACUGCCGCUGCGCCAAAUGCAAGCUGAUCGCGGAGCGCCAGAGAGUCAUGGCGGCGCAGGUCGCCUUGAGGAGGCAGCAGGCUCAAGAGGAGGAGCUUGGGAUUUGUAGUCCAGAGGCCUCGUCCGGCCCUGAAGUGACGGUGAAGAAUGAAGCUGGAGCCGACUGUCUCUUCUCCAUGGAGGGGCGAUCCGGCACGCCAGGCGUCCCCCCCAACCCUCUGUCUGCCGCAGGGAGCUGCUCGGCGUCAUCGUCCAGCCCAUCGGCUGCGGCCCGUGUUUACGGCGAGGAAGCGUCUGACCUGCUGCUGGAAACCUCCUACUACAACUUCUACCAGCCUUCCAGAUACUCCUCCUACUAUGGAAACCUGUACCAGCAGUACCAGCAGAUGCCCCCCUCCGACGGCCGCCUGUCCGGCCACAGCAUGCCCUCUCAGUACCGCAUGCACUCCUUCUACCCCGGGACCGCCUACCUGCCCCAGGGCCUGGGCUCGCCGGUGCCGCCGUACUUCAGCCUGGAGGACAACGACGGCGCCGCCGCCUCGUUCUCCCCCAGCAGCCUCACCUCCACCCAUGACUCCACCCUGACCUGCCGCUCCAUCAGCUCACUGGUGAACGUUGGCGUCAAGGCGGAGUUUGAGAGUGGCGGCCAGCCGUCCGUCUUCCCGGCCGACUCCAUGAGCAGCGAGAGCAAAUGAGGAGAAGCUGGAGCCUGCCAGGCGUUGGAUGGUUCACGUCUGCUGCAGGUCUCUGACUCUGGAACCGCAUUUUAUGUCUAUUUGUAGUUAAACUAAAAUUAAAGCCUAUUUUGGAACAAGUAGACAGAAAAUUCAGACAAAUAAAAACUUCUUUAGAAUCAGUAAAUGUUGGUCACAACGAUCAAAAAGCUGAAUUUAAAACUCUUUUUUUAACUGUUACAAACAAAGUUCUUUUUCUAGAGAUGAAAGUGAAAACCAAGAAUAAAAAAAUGAGAUGGUCUUUGUCUUAUUAGUGUUUUAUCAUCUCAAAAACAUUCUUAAAGUUCUAAGUGGGCCUUCUUUUCCUUUUGGAGUCAGUGAAUCAUCUGCCUCCAUCUCUGCAUCCAUCAACCUCCUCUUCCUUAUUCCUGGUAGCCUCUUCAUCUUUUCACCAUCAUCAUCAUCAUCAUCGCUGCGUCUCCAUCUGCUUCUCUGCUUUGAUCUCCAGAACACCCAUGAUCUGGUCCUCUGAUGGAUCCAGUCCUGAUCCAUCCUGGUCCCUCAGAGAACCUCAGCAUCUUCAUCUGCUGCCUCCAGCUGUGCUUCAGAAGGAGGCGGGCUGAACUGACCGUCUUCAUCGCAGUCUUCGGUUUUUCUGGUCUUUGAUCUGGAUGCUGCACAUGAAACCCACAGGGAGGCAGAACUGUUUGCAGGAGGUCAUCUCCUCCCGGUUCUGCCGGUGGGAAAGUUCACCUGAACUAAACAGGAGAGCGAGGGUCUCUGUUCUCCUGCAGAUGAACCCUGGUACGGUUCAGUUCAGUCUGAACAAAAACCAAACCGCCACAGCGUGGAUCUGAAGCGCUUCGGAAAUGUCCGAUGGCCGUUUUUGCCGUGCAGCCACGCUGCUGCUCUGAGACGGUCACCUCUGACCUCAGCCGUCUCCAGCUUUCUGAACAUCUCUGUUUUCAGUUCUUCAAGCAUCAGAAACUCCUGAGGAUCUCCACGGGGAUCCGGACACCCCCCCCCCCCCCCACACACACACCUUCCUGCUCCUUAGCAGACCUGCGUUUCCACAUGGUCAGGGCGUUCUCUACAUGGACGCACACAUGCAGGUGGAGGUUAGCGCCGCGCCCACAUGAAUCACGCUUUCCUGCGCCGCGUCUUUAUGGCGUCCUUGGUUCCACCGCAUUUGCAUGUGGAUUGUAUAUUUAACCCCUGCAGGACAGCGCUGGAGGUUAUUCUUUACAACUUUCUGGAGAAGAGGCGGAGUCUCUUCUUUGCGGUUCCUUUAAACUAAGGUCUCUACGUUUCCUGGAGAAGUCGAUGCACAGAUCAUUUCCCCCUCAACGUUUUUGUGUCCAACC